UCCAUUUGCCAGCGGACGUUCAGAGGAGAAACAACGAGCCACGCACUCGCUUAGCUAAAAAUAAGACAUAUUUUAAGGAAAGAGGCGUGCCUCCCCAUUGAUUAAAAGUAUUAAAUAAUAAUGACACAUCUGACCAAAAAUUUUGCACGGCCGGAAAAGGCGGAAGAGGUGGUCACAUUCGGCAGUCUGGAUCCCUCGAUUCAAGAGCUUUUGACAGCUGCUUUUGAAGUACGUCAGCGAGCCUAUGUGCCAUACAGUGGAUUCAAAGUGGGUGCUGCUUUUCGGGCCAAGGUUGGUGGACAGAUCUUCACCGGAUGCAAUGUGGAGAACGCCGCCUUUACGCCGGGCUCUUGUGCGGAGCGAACGGCCCUUGCGAAAGCCGUCAGCGAAGGAGUCACCGAAUUUUCCGUAGGAGCUGUUUUGGCCUACGAACCUGAUGUAUUCACCACUCCCUGUGGCGUCUGCCGGCAGUUCAUCCGGGAGUUUGCCGACGAAGAUAUACCCAUCUACGUGGCGCAGGCCAUAGAUGCGAGGAUUACGGCAGAGGAGGAACCUCUGCGGAGUGACGAUCCAGUCCUGAGCACCUCCAUCUUCAAUCUGUUACCGAGUAGUUUUCGCACUUAUCGAAAGUAACACCACUGCACUGGAGAAAGAGAAGGGACCUAGUUCAAGGUUGCCCCACAACCCCUUGUCGAUCGUAAUCUAUAUUAUAUUAAUCUAAUCACUUGAAAUAAAGAAUACUACACUACUUAA